AUGGCUGCCUCACCACAAGCAUCCAGCCCAUCCCAGCAGCCCCUGGGCCCUGAGGACGAGGACUGCAGCCUGGAUGAGUAUGACCUCUAUGGCCUGACCCACUCCGGCCUGGGAGGAGGUGGCCGGAAAGGUCGCACCAAAAGAGAAGCUGCUGUGAACACCAACCGCCCCAGCCCUGGUGGGCAUGAGAGAAAGCUGGUGACCAAGCUGCAGAAUGCAGAGCACAAGAAGAAAAGCGCAAAGUCCUGA